AUGUCUAAUCAAGACACUGAUCAGCCACAUCUUCAAUGUAAUAAUCAGCAACACACAGAAGCAGACGAAGAUGCAGAAUUCAACGAGAACUUAUCAAAGAACUUUGAUGUGCUACCGCUGUUCGAACGGCAGUACAGUGCCUUUGUGAGCAUAAAGAAAUACUCACUCAAGAACAACGAAAAGCUGAGGAACCGCUGGCAUGAACGCGUGAUGACCGGAAUUUCAGCGGGCAUUAAAGCGAUGCCUAAUAUCAAUGACUACCAUUUCCACAACUGUCGCACAAAGUUUCUGCCGUCUGAGUCGCAGGCCAACUUCAAGUCAUUGCAUUUCCAUCUCACACCAGGACCUGGCGUUGACAAUUAUGGACAAAGACCUAUACCAGAUGACAUGAUAUCGAAGAGGAUCAAGCCCGAAGCUCAACCGACAGCCAGUAAAAAUAAAACAAAAACGUCACAGGUAGAGCGACAGGAGUUAGUCAAGUAA